AGGAAACGAGGGCGAAUUUCACACCUAAAAGCUAAAAUAUAUAUAUAUAAACACUAAAAUGUCGUCCAUAAACUUGACCAGCUUAGGAGCCAACCAACUGAAAAACACUACGACGGGAGAGAUGGUGGAGAUUGGUUCUCUGUGGCGGGAGCAGGCGGUGGUUCUCUUCUUCCUGCGGAGGUUUGGCUGUCAGGUGUGCCGAUGGAUGGCAGCAGAGGUCAGUAAACUGGAGAAAGACCUGAAAGCACAUGGCAUCGCUCUGGUUGGUAUCGGACCUGAGGAGACCGGAGUGAAGGAGUUCAAGGAUGGGGGAUUCUUCAAGGGUGACAUCUACAUUGAUGAGAUGAAACAGUGUUACAAAGAUUUAGGCUUUAAAAGAUACAAUGCCAUCAAUGUGGUUCCAGCUGCUAUGGGGAAGAAAGUACGAGAAAUAGCCUCAAAGGCAAGUGCUGAAGGAAUUCAAGGGAACUUUAGUGGAGAUCUUCUGCAGAGUGGAGGCAUGCUCAUUGUUGCAAAAGGUGGAGAGAAAGUUCUGCUGCAUUUUAUCCAGAAAUCGCCUGCAGACAAUCCACCUCUGGAGGAAAUCACUAAAGCUCUCGGGAUCUCUGCGAACGUCCAGGCUGGGGAAAAACCACAGUGCAAUGAAGAUGUUUGCACGAGAUAAAGGAUUCGUUGUUCUUCAUGGACACAUUAACUUUGAUUGCAGGUUAUCCAGUGGUUGGAUUGACUUUAUUUUGACUUGGAUCAAUUGUUUUAUGUGAUGCAUAAUAAGGUCUCACUUUAUUUUAAUGGUCCGUUUGUUGAAUUUAAGUUAGAUUGCAUCUACAUGCCAACUAAUUCUCAUUAGAUUAUAUGUAGACUUUUAGUUUGGGGUAGUGUAAGUUGACAUGUACUUGCAAAGUUUCUUAUAGUCAGUUAAAUGUCUGUUAAAGGAACAGUAUCAACAUAUACUAAGCAGACAGUCUACUAACACUCAAAUGGACCAUCAAAAUAAAGUGUUACCCAUAAUAAUAACAUGUCAUGCUAAAAUACAAUGCACUGAUCAUGCAAUUAGGACAUUUUGAAAAUUGAAAACAUUUUUAUAUUCACUGCAAUCUUGUGUUGAUUUAAAACAUUAAUAUGGGUUUAAUCAUAAAUAAUAAUAGCCUCAUUAAUCAACCAACAGAAAAGUUGCGUUCUGUCAAUUGAUCUAAAAGGUAUAGCAUAUAUGAAAAUAAAUCAUAAUAAAUAUGUUUAUAAAUGAAUCUCAGACACAUCUGACCAAAUGUUAAUGAAACAUUGUGUAAACGAUGACAUUUUUGAGCAUGUAUAUAUUAAAAAUCACUACCAAAGCA